GCGAUGACGGGCCAGUGCGCGACGUGCAGCGGAUGCACGCCAGAGGCAAAGCAGGAGUACGACUGCGAUUCGACGGUUCAGAAGGGCUGCGAGGCAACGCAGGAGUACGACUGCGAUUCGGCUACUCCAGCGGCGUGGUCAACGGCGAAGAAGCAGGCCUGCUGCGAGACGGUUCAGAAGGGCUGCGAGGCAACGCAGGAGUACGACUGCGAUUCGGCUACUCCAGCGGCGUGGUCAACGGAGAAGAAGAAGGCCUGCUGCGAGACGGUUCAGAAGGGCUGCGAGGAGCCGAGCAGGCUCUUCGCCAAUGGCCGCCUCCCGGCGUGGAGGGGCGCCCCUCUCGGGGCCGUGGCGGCCGCGGCGCUCGCGGCCGCAGUGUCUGCGGUUCUCGCGGGCGCCGCGGCCGCGCUGCGCUGCGCGCGCGGUGCGCCGCGGGGCGCCGCGGCGGUGCUGUUGGAGACCUCCGAGGAGGGCGCCGCGUCGACGGAGGGCGCGCCGGCCCGCGGCGGCGAGUGA